AUGGCGCAGCAGAGAUGGGUCCGGCUCUCGGCGGAGCAGCCCACCAGCACCGUGUGCGUGCUGGGCACCGAGCUCUCCCUCGACGUCUGCGGGUCAGCCCCUGUGGGUGCCACAUCCUUUGAUGUCUGGGGGACGGCAGGAGUCAACCUCUAUAUUGUCCACGAUGGGGAAGUUUUGAAGAUACCUUCCUGUGUGCCCAGGUGGCCCUUGGAGGCCAACAUAGAGGCAGUAAUAACCAUGGAUACCCCGAGCAUCAAAGUCAAUAGUGACAAGGUCAGAAUUUCAUACUACAAGAACAACGGGAAGGGGCCCAUGGCUCAAACUCUGCUCCACCUCACCUGCAUAGAGAUCUCCUUGGAUGUCGAUACAAGCCGCUCAGGAACUGUGAAUAGGAAAGCUAAAAACAAGAAAAAGUGGACGUGGGGCCCAGAAGGCAAAGGAGCCGUCCUCCUGGUCAACUGCGACAGAGAUUGCCUUGGAGCAAAGGACAUGGACAACCAGGACCUGAGAGUGGAAUCGUACGCAGACCUCAAGGACAUGUCUCUAAUGAUACUGACCACUUCCGGACCCGAAGACAUUUUUGACGACUACCAGCUGAUCCUUCACGUUUCGGCCUCUGACCACGACAAAGUGGGCGUCUUUCACGCAAAGGGGGGAAAGAAGCUGAACCAUUACAAGCAUGUUCUGGGAUCAGGGAAGCUCUCCUACGCGGUGGAACGUGACGGCUUCCAAGAGAACACCUUCUAUGUGGAAGGGCUGGCCUUUCCGGAUGUCGACUUCUCAGGGCUGGUAUCCUUCCACGUUACGCUGCUGGAGAACCCAUCUGCGGCGAUGCCAGAUGUUCCCAUUUUCAAUGACACCGUGGUUUUCCGGAUGGCUCCAUGGAUAAUGACCCCAAAUACCUUGCAGCCAAUAACGGUUUAUGUCUGCAGUGUUAAGUACAAUGCUGACUUUGUAGCAGCUGUGAGUAAGCUCACUGCGAAGGCUGGUUGCAAACUGAUCAUCUGCCCAGAGCAGGAAAAUCGUUCGGACCGCUGGAUUCAGGAUGAGAUGGAGAUUGGCUAUGUGCAAGCUCCCCAUAAAGGGUUUCCGGUGGUCUUCGACUCCCCUAGAAAUGGAUUGCUGAAGGAUUUCCCAUUUAAAGGUGUUUUGGGCCCAGAUUUUGGUUAUGUGAAACGCGAGCCAGCUGAUAAGAAGACUGUCUCCGGCUUGGACUCCUUUGGAAACCUUGAAGUCAGCCCUCCGGUGACCGUCAGGGGCAAGCAGUACCCCCUGGGCAGGAUCCUCCACGGGAGCUACUUCCCCAGCUUCCAGGGUAACAACAUGGUCAAGGUCGUCCGGGACUUCCUCUACGCCCAGAAAGUGCAACAGCCCGUAGAGCUAUACUCCGACUGGCUGGUUGUGGGUCACGUGGAUGAGUUCUUGACAUUUGUUCCGGCUCCUGAUAGAAAGGGUUUCCGGCUGCUCCUGGCCAGCCCCUCCGCCUGCUACCAACUGCUGAAGGUGAAGGAGCAGGAGGGCUACGGAGAUGCUCUCAUGUUUGAAGGAGUGAAAAAGUGCAAACAAAUCUCAAUAAAAAAGCUUCUCUCUGACCAAAAGCUGAGGAACAACAACAAUUAUUACCAGAAAUGCAUUGACUGGAACAGAGACAUCCUCAAAGAGGAGCUGGGGCUGGCCGAGGAAGACAUCAUUGAUAUCCCCCAACUCUUCAAGAGUCGCAAUUGUUCUGGCAAAGCUGAAGCGUACUUCCCUGACCUGGUGAAUAUGCUUGUUCUGGGGAAAUACCUGGGCAUCCCGAAACCAUUUGGACCCAUUCUUCAUGACCACUGCUGCCUGGAAGAGGAGGUCCGUCGCCUGUUGGAGCCACUGGGAUUGUCCUGCACCUUCAUAGAUGAUUUUGAAACCUACCAUGAAUAUCUUGGUGAAAUCCACUGCGGCACCAACGUCCGCCGGAAGCCUUUCUCCUUCAAGUGGUGGAACGUCAUCCCAUGA